UAAAAUCUUUACGGUAUAAGAAAAGAAGACAAGUCACAACGUGCGUAAACAAGAAUGCAUAAAAUGAGAUUAUAAGGUCAUAUACGGUAACUCUGACUGUUGAGCUUACUUCUGUUUCUCAAAAUUAAAUAAGAAAUAUAUGUUUUACAUUGUAAACUCUUAAAAUACUGAUUAACUACGGUGUAGAAGCGUAGAACAGACAAAAGAGCUGCCAUAGUCUGUGGCUAGCUAAAAGAGCUGAUCGCUAUGGGUGACGGCUCCCCAGCAGAAAUUUUAAGGACAAAGACUGUAAAGUUGCUAAGGUCAGUGUUAGUAACUAAAGCAAAAGUUGGUAUUCCUCUUCACAGUCUUCCAUUUGAGUAUGAAGAAACAGCAAGUGAUAAACUUAAGUUUAGAGAAAUGGGAUAUGGCUCGUUGGAGCAGUUUUUGCGUGAUAUUCCAGAUGUAUGUACUGUCUCUAAAGCUCGUGAAGGGUAUUUAGUUGUGAAAGGAAUUCCAUCAGAAUCAGAUGCCCAUGUUUAUAAGUUAGCAGUUGGUCAAAAAGCAAGUAAAAAGAAGAAAAAGCCCGCUUUUGCAAAAUCAUUUAAUAUUAGCCAAGUUAGAAGAAGAGCUUCACAUUUUACUGGUGGCCAUAAGCCAAAUACUGGCCCGUCUAUGAGAAAUACUUACACCAAUAGUCCAAGAGGACAACCUUAUGGAUACGGAAACACACCUACAGCUAAAUUAUUUGGAAGUACAUCUUUUAAUCAAAAGCCCUACUUUACACUCCGUCAAACUCCAUCAUAUAAUCAGAGACAGGUUUCAUCUAUGAUGCCUGCACAAUCGAUACCACCACGUUUCUUACGACAACAAGUGAACAGACCGAAAACCCAGCGAAGUUACUUUAACAAUACAAAUGAUGUUAUUGUGAUAUCAGAUGAUGAAAAACCAGCUAAUUUAAAAAAGCCUAAAGGUUUUAUUGGAAAUGCACGUUUGCCUGAUGGGGAAAUGAUUAUGCUUGGACCAUCAACAUCAACCCCUAAUCCUACAGCACCUAAUUUAUCACCAUCUGAACUCUCUUCUAUUGAAGCAAAGUUCCGUAACAUGAUGUUGCAAAGAGGAUGUGGGGUAUGGUAUGCGCGGAUGAAGGAGGAGUACAAAACGAUUAAUAAAGUUGAUGCUCCUCUGCAGCUUGAAGCCAUCGUUGAAAAGCAUUUUCGCCAUUUUGUUGAAAUAGAAGAUCCAACUGGUACUGGUAGAAAGAUAAUGUACAUGAAAAAGAAUGUUGAACCAGCUAAGGAAAUAAGUUCUCCACAAGUGUCAUCAACUUCUCACUUACAGAAAACCAUGACUCCAAUACCAAGCAGUAAUUCCAGCAAGAAGUUUGAAGAUCUUCAAGUUACAUCUUCAUUUUCUCCAAAUCAACAGGCAGGUCAACGAAGUGUGGAGAAGUUAACUUCCCCUCUGUCCAUUAGCACAAAGCGUGCAUCACUUUCUCCGCCUAGAACGGAGCAGUUCACAAUUGAACUGAUGGAGCUUCCAAACCAAGGUGAUCUGGUUAAAGUAUAUGUAUGCCAUGUGGAAACUCUUAACAGAUUCUUUGUUCAACUUUCAAAUUCACCAAUUGAUGACCUUGUAGCAAAAAUGCAGGAAUAUUAUGAGAGUAACGCAGCAGAUGGUGAAAUUGUGAAGCCUCGUUGUGGUGAAUUUUGUUGUGCAAGGUAUAGUAAAGAUCGCUUGUGGUUUAGAGCCAAGGUCUUAUCAGUGAAGCAACAAAAAAAUUCUGUCAACGAAUCCUACAGAUGUCGUGUAAUUUAUAUUGAUUAUGGAAAUGAUGAAUAUGUUGUUUCGAGUGAACUAAAAUCCUUAACACAAGAAUUUAGUGAACUACCUGUGCAAGGAAUACAGUGCACACUGCAUGACUUAUUUCCAAUGGAAGAGAAUGUGACUUGGACAGAGAAAGAUAUUGAAUAUUUUAAGAAAGUGACCGACGACGUCCAGUUGACACUCUCUGUAAAACAGAAAAAUGGAACUGUUCUUAGUGUCGACUUAUUGGAUGAGCAAGGUCAGAGUAUUUGUAAACAUUUGCAGAUAAAGGGUAUGGCUCGAAGAUCUCUCAACAGUUCAUCAUCUCCAGUCUCACUUUCACCAAGCUCAAGUUCUUCGGAUUUAAGUGAUACGAAAAGGCCAACCUUGAGCAGAAGCUUAUCUGUGGAACCAAGUGAAAUAAAAAUGCAGUGGGUUGAAAUAUCUAAAGAUGAAGACUAUGUUGAUGCUCUCGUUAGCAACAUCAACUCCACCAAUGAUUUAUAUAUCAUUAUAAUUGGACCAGAGAAUCUGGAUAAAUUGCAAAAACUUGAAUCAGAACUUACAAAACAUUAUAAUAAAGACAGUGUACCGGUCGCCACAGAGUUGGAAGUUGGCAAAUUUUAUGUUGCUUUCUCAGACGAUAUCUGGCAUCGAGCAAAAUUGUUGUCUUGCGUAGAUAAUGAUUACGAAAUGCUGCUUCUUGACCGAGGGAAGAAAACUAUAGUAUCUGCAAAUGAAAUUAAAGACUUACCAUUAAAGUAUUGCAAACUUCCAUUUCAGGCUAUUCCGUGCAGUCUUUCCAAAGUACCUGAAAGCUUUGACGCUGAAAUUUUACAGUAUCUUUCUGAAGCAACACUUGGCGAAGCAAGAAUUGCUUGUAUUAUUGAAAGGCCAUCAGAGGUUGGACAGAAAUAUCACAUCGAACUUUAUGAUACUACGUCAGAUCUUGACGUAAAUUUAAACUGUGAAAUUAUCACUAAAUUGGAAGCUGAAAAGGAUUUAAGCCCGAAGUUACCAGAAAUUGGUGGUGGACAGUGUCAAGCAUAUAUUGCUCAUAUCACGCUCACUGGUGAAUUCUUCAUUCAAAUACUUGGUGCUGGUUUAGAAAAACUUGAACUUCUCAUGGAAGAUAUGACAAGUCAUUUCUCACAGAACACGAGAGCAUCUGAGAUCGUAUCACGACCAGAAGUAGGAACCAUCUGUUGCGCUAAAUUCCAUGAUGAUGGAGCCUGGUACAGAGCUAAAGUGACCAAAGUCAUGUAUGAAGAACGACAGGUCGAGGUUGAAUUCAUUGAUUAUGGAAAUCGAGAAAUCAUUCGCAAUAUGUUGAUCAGAAAACCUAACGCUGUGAGCAGGAAAGUUCUGGAUCUUCCCUUCCAGGCUGUUAAGUGCAAAGUUCAAGGCAUCGCAAAGUUCACCGAUGAGCAACACACAAAGAUUAUAGAAUUCGUGACAAACCAUAUAGAUUUAGUUUUGGUUGAAGUUGUCAGAAAGGACGGUGAUCUACCUGUCGUAAACAUUACAAUACCACCCGAAAACGAAAACGACACACCGCCAAAUUUUGUAGAAAAAUUCAAACAGUAUCAAGACUUCGAAAACCAAAACAUUGGCAACGCAAAUAACUAUACUACAGGCUACUCGUUCAGCGAGCAGUCCACAAUAAGUCCUAUGUUUGAUACAGUGAACUCCACGUUUGAAAAUAUUACAAUGGCAGGGCCGUCUGAAAGUCGGUUAAACAGCCAUAACAUGACACUGUCUGAAUGGGAAGUUAUCAAUAGUGAAGGUUCACCUGAGAAGACGAUCAAGCCAUCACAAACAAAUAAAUCUGGAACAACCAUGGCACCCGAAUUUAUGACGAUGGAAACUGCUUCAGAUUGCACGACUCUUGAUGGUAAUUCUCGUUCUGAAAGUCCGGCUACGACGUACUCUGCAUCUUGGGGAAUGCCGGAGUUAAAAAUUGACAAAAAAUAUCUUCCUGGCAUUGUCCUUGAUACGAUGGAUCCUUCUAAAUUUUCGAUUGUACCACAUCAUUUGUGGACAGAGUUAGAGAAGAUGCAUGUGGAAAUGAGAGACUUCUAUACAACGUACAAGACACCAGUUGACGUAGGUUUCCAAGUGGGCGAUGUCUGUGCAGUUUACCACAUAGAACACGAGGUUUGGUACAGAGCGGUUGUGCAAGCUAUACUCGAAGAACAGAUCGUGGUCAAAUUUCCGGACUUUAGUGGAAACAGCGAAAUCGUUAACGCGGAAGUUAUUCGUCCUUUGCAGCAAGCUUUUCGUGUUUUACCUUUCUUCGCAGUUCGAUGCAAGCUGUCUGGUAUUGAACCUUUGGACGGCGAAAAACUUUGGAGUAACGAAGCUGCAACAAAAUUUAACGAACUGGUCAUGAAUCAAACAUUUCAAGUUGAGAUCACCUCUGACUUUCACGUUAAAGAUAAACCGUUCGAGGUUCGUUUACAUGGAAAAUAUGCCGGUAAACAAGUCGUGAUAAACCAAAUGCUAGUCAAUUUAGGCCUAGCCAGAAAAAAAGUUGCGAGAUAAAAUCUCCCGGAAUUCACAAAAUUAGAUUUAAUGAUAAAACUAUUCGUGUUUUUGAAAUCUACUGCUGCACCUACAAAUAAUUUUAAAUAUUCUGUUAUUGUUAACUUACUGGAGAACUUAUAUAAACAUAAGGUUUAGAUAGCCAAUACCUAUGACACUUGGUGACAUCUUUUAUUUAGUCUAAUAUUGACACUAUCUUAUUUGCUCAAAUUAUAUAAAGUUAUUUAAAAAAAGUAACUUCUGUUCCAGUGUUCUUUUGUUUUUAUGUUUCCACGAGGAUUUAUUUACCUUUCCUUACGCAUGGUAAACAACUGAUUUAAAAAAAAUGUAUAUUUGUAAUUAUUAGAAAAUGUUAGGUUACAUGCAUCAACAGACUGUUUUGGGCUGUUGUAUUGGUCUUGGCGUUAAUUUGCGUAUAUUGAUAACUUCGCGGUUGCUUUUUGAUAGUCAUUUAAAACGAAAAUUAUUUUUUAAAAAGAUAUAUUAAAAUGAUUGUA